AUGAAAUAUUUAUUAAUUAUAUCAACUUUAAUAGUGUUAGGUUAGUCAUUGUCAACACAACUUUCAUAAAAGCCAAGUUGCUUUUUGGUAAAUUCACCUGAAGAAAAUUCAAAUUUAACAGUUAAUUAUAUUGUUUCAGGUUUGGAUGAAAAUUAGACAGAUAUCUUUAUAAGGAAGAUGGAUGGAGAAAUACUAAUAAAAGUGUAAAAUUCAAGGGAUGGAAGGAUUAGAGAGCUCUUAAAAGAUAAAGAUAACUAUUAUGUUUGCUUCUAAAGUAGGGAUAAGAGUUAUAAAAUGGUGAGCUUCGAUUUUGAUAUUGAAGGAGUUGAUAAAGAAUAUGCAUAAUCUGAACAAUUCGAUGAAAUGUCAAAAGAGUUAUAGAAUACUUAGAAGAAUUUCUAAAACAUUUAUAGAAAUCAACAUUGGAUAUCUGACAGGGAGAAUACACAUGCUUUGGUAUUAGAUUAGACUGAGAAAUCAGUUUAAUGGUAUGCACUUAUUAAGGUUGGAGUACUCAUUGUAAUCAGCUCGGCACAAAUCUAUAUUGUUUAUAAUUAUUUUAAAGACAAGGAUUUCAGUGGAUAAGUGUGA